UCUGGGUUAAACAGUAAAUUGGAUAAGAAUAAGACAAAGUUUAAAACAAUUGAAAUCAAUAAAGUGUACAAAGGAGCAAGUGUUGAAGCUCAGAGGACCGCUGGGUCGAAUCGCAAUCAUGGCUUGCAAGUUUUGGGUAAAAUUAAUUCAACUCGACGUAUGCCUCCACCAGUUAAUUUACCUAGUUUAAAAAGUGAACAU